AUGUAUCCCGAAGUCGGUCUGGGUAUCGACAUGCAUGGUCAGGAUCGCAGCUAUAUUGCCCCACUCACCUCCUCGCCCUCUCGGAUCGCACGAUCGACUGGCGUCAAACGCUCUCUCGACCCAGAGAAUACUAGUUACUCAGCGAAGCCGGACCAUGGGGCUCGUAGGCGGAAGACCGUAGCUGGGGAGUCUACCAGCACUGCAAAGGGGCCUGCACAUCUCGCCCACCCGUACAAAAGACAACAGACGCUACAAGCACAGAUGCAGACGCAGACUCAAGCUCCAGUUACGAUGCAAUCUUCGAAAGCGAUGAAAGGCUUACUACUCGCGGAAGUUGGUGCGUCGAUGGUCGAAAUGGACAAGCUCGAAUCGAUAACGGGCCCAGGAUCGAGAUUCAAAGAAGGAAAGUAUAUCGAGCCUGGAGCUUUCACACCUAUGGAGGACAGUGAUGUUGACUUUCCGUCGAAGAGACAGAGGAGGAAGUCUGUGAACCGGUUCAAGAUUGAAUAUGCGAACGCGGCAUCUCUAGAUCGAGGACUUGCGCGACAUGGGACUUUAUUAAGUACUUCUCCGACCUCACCCAUCCGAAGGUCAGAGGAGUUGAAGGCUCUUCUCGGCGGUUCAUCGUCAAAGGUGAAGUCAGGCGCGGUCAUCGCCGCCCAACCGAGCAAGAUGAAACCCAAGUCUACGAGCAAGGACUCUCAGGACGCAGUCAUGCUUGAACAAGGUCGUUCGCGCGUGCGCGUUGCGCUCGACAUGGAUUUGGAGAGCAACGUCGCAGUUGAAGGCGGUUAUAUAUCUGGAACUCUACUCAUCCGUGUUCGUCCUAAGAGAAAGGACGACCUUCUCCAACUUGGAAGAGGCAAGGUCCGAAUUGCUGGAUUCGAAGUUACGCCAAAGAACGAGGAACGUAGUAUCUUCUACCAAGUCUCUGCUCCGUUGAUGGACAUUUCUAAUGGCUGCGAUGGGUUGUUUUCGCUACCUGUUGACGAUGAUGGCUUUGGUUCUGUCGGAGAAGGGGACUAUACUGUGAAGUUUGCAAUGAAAAUACCUCUUAUCAGUACAGGUGGCAAACCGAGAGGGGUGCUUAACAGUCGUUCAGGGGCAACGAUAAAAUACAUCGUCAUUGCUUCCAUAAAAGUCGUCGACCCUGUAUCUUCCAAACGCUCAAUAUCUCACUUCUAUCGAGAAUGCGAAGUCUGGCCUUCUCUCGAUCCAGUCAUGACUCUCGCUCCAGCACCAGACCCAACACUCGCUCGUGCUGCGAAGAAACUCUUUAUGGGUGGUGACGGGACCCUCGCACUUACAGCUUCUUUGCACCGCAUCACAUGGGUUGCUGGUCAACCCUGUUAUGUGCGCUGCCGUAUCGCUAAUGAGACGAAGAAGAAUGUGAAGAGCGUGUCGCUUGCACUCGUAAGGACGAUGACGCUUUGCAAGCCCGCAGGAGGGACUCUUAUGGACGAUAUAGACGAUGGUGAGACGGUAACAAAUGAGAAGAGGGUGGCUGAGGUGGUGUUCCAUGCCGGACAGAAGGGUGCGAAGGGCCAUGCAAGUGCAAAAGGAUGGUGGACCGGUGUAGGGCCUGGCGAAACGAGAAUCGUUACUCAAUCCAUUAUGAUUCCUCCAGACGCUCUGACUAUCCCGCGCGCCCGUCUCAUCGAAGUUGACUAUGCCAUCCGCGUUGCUCUAGGUGUCUCUUCCAUGACGGGAAACUCAGAAGCGGUGCACGUAACGUUACCUAUCUGUGUCGUGAACUUCAUUUCUCUCGACCCGCCGCCGUGUGAUCCCAUCUCUUCUGUGUCAACAUUGUUGUCUUCCGUUAUCGAAUUGGAUACGCCGAAGCCAGAGGAAUACUCACAGUCAGACUCGCAUGUAAUUGGUGGAAUGAGGAUGGAGCAGUCUCCCUCGGAAGGAUUUGCUCCUCAGUAUAGCACUGUAGAGCGCGAAGACUUGGCGCAGGAUGCGCAUUUGGCCUAUCCACCCUCACGCAAUAUGCCUCUCCCAGACCUUUCUGACGAACAUAUAAUGCACGACCUCGGAAACGUCGAGGAUGCGGACGACCUGAAUCGCACGCUUGGAGACAUCCCAGGGUCAUCUUCGCUACUUGACGAAGAGGACAUCACUGUGGACUAUAAGCUCAGUGACUAUUCCAUGCUUAGUGGAAUGCGGAACUCGUGCAUUCUUGACAGUAGCUUAACCGGAGUUCACGUUAGCUACAACAGGGAGAACUUUGAGAGUGCAGAUGUUGAUGAUGAGUUUGCGGAAGAAGAGGAUUUGGGGUCAGAUGAAGAAGUAGAGCGGAUGGUUGGGUGUGCGAGUGCGAGGAUUGAUAUGGGUGCUUUUGACUUCCAUAACUCGCAGAGUUUAUACCGCUCAUCGUUAUUGGAUACUUCGAUGGGUGGACUUGGUUUAUCUUCCGAGAAUCAUCACACUGGACACAUGUUUGUUGAGUCGCCUGUGCGCGAGAAACCUUCAGGACACGUACUACAAGCUGGAGGAGUGCGUGGAGUUAGAGGACCAAGGAAUAUGCGUGCCCCUCAAGGAAAGGAGGAAAACAUACCGUCACCAGAAGGACGUCCUGCUCCCCGAAGUCUUCCUCGGCCGAAACACCACAGGCGAACAAGCUCAAGUGCACCAAACACAGUGCGGUCAAUUCUUCGCGUGGCUAAUCCUUCGGAGGAUGUAGUGGACGAAAGCCCUGGUUCAGUUUAUCCUGCUGCGACGACACCAUCGAGACCUCCACGUAAUAGACCUUCGAAGCUAGCCACUCAAGCGUCCCAACUUAGGCGUCCAUCCGCAUCUCGUUCCAAGACGGCGCCAACACAGGCGGAGGACAAACAGAUUUCCAUUAAUAAUUCUCCAAGCCGCAUUAUUCUACCAUCGGCUCGAAAGCGUUCCAACGGGACUGGCGCACAUCAUAUAAACACACCAUCUAGACCUAGUGGCAAGUCAGGCUCUAAUGGGUUCAGUCCUAAAACGCGUGAAGAGGACGAUUUGGCUAGGGAGCAUACAUACGUUGACACGUCUAUUACGGAGCAGAUUCUUCCUGUGUUACCAUGGUGGUUACUCGUAGCCUUCGGCGCAUACUCACUUUCAUCCCUCGGGUGGGGAUUGUAUACAUUUAAUGAUGUGCCAGAGGCAUAUGAGGAACUUAUCAAGGAAAUUGCACAGGCGAAGAAUGAUUUGCGAUCGAAAGGUGUUGACGUUGAUUGA